AUGGGACACCGACUAGAUGAUGGACCAAUAGAUGAUGCAAAGCAGCCCUACUCUGCCACAGAAAAGACGCUGUAUGUAGAAUCCUGCAAAAUCUUCAGCGUGGUCCCAGCAUCAUACUUCCUGUGCCAUAUGCAUGACCAAGAGCUCAGCCUGGUGCAUCAUGGACUGGGACCACAGGGUGCCAAAGCUCUUUCAGUCCCCUUGGUAACCAAUACCUCCGUUCUGAACUUAAAUCUGAGUGAUAAUUGGCUUGAAGGGGGAGGUGGAGUGGCCAUUGCAGAGAUGCUGAAAGAGAACUGCUACAUCACACGAAUCGACUUGUCAGACAGCAAGCUGGGAUUAGUAGGUGCCCAGGCUAUUUCUGCCAUGCUGAAGGAGAACGUUACCCUGGUGGAUAUUAACCUGUGUGGGAAUGAGUUUGAUGAUCAUGCUGCCACACCCCUGGCUGAGGUUUUCAUGAGCAACAACAAAGUGCAGUCCAUGGACUUGAGCCACAACCUGAUAGGAGAGGGAGAAGGGGAUGUCUUGGGCAAUGCCAUUGCUGAAACCACUGGGAUGAAGGAGCUCAACCUGAGCUGGAGCUGCUUUCGUGAAAUGGGAUCCAUACCUAUAGCAAAAGGCCUUGGGGCAAACAUAUUCCUUCGAGCGGUGGACUUGUCACACAGUGGGUUUGGAAAGACUGGAGCUGCUACCCUGGGAGAAGCUGUGAAAGUAAACAACGCGCUUGAGCAUCAGAUUGCUGAAAUCCUGGAGUUAUCCCACAAUGCGUGA